UAAACAGAGGAGCCCAUCAAUUUUCAUACAGGUAAGGAGCUAGGGUUUCAUUUCGGCUGCUGGUGCAUUUUAGAGAGCAAAAUCGAGUGAAAAUAACAGCGAAGAGGAGCAGCAGCCAUGGUGAAGUUCCUGAAGCCAAACAAGGCCGUGAUCGUCCUCCAGGGUCGCUACGCCGGUCGGAAGGCAGUGAUAGUCAAAUCCUUCGACGAAGGGACCCGCGACCGCCCUUACGGUCACUGUUUGGUUGCAGGGAUUAAGAAAUACCCAAAUAAGGUUAUCCGCAAGGAUUCUUCCAAGAAGACAGCCAAGAAAUCUCGUGUGAAAUGCUUCCUCAAGCUCGUCAAUUACCAGCACGUGAUGCCCACGCGUUACACUCUGGAUGUGGAUUUGAAGGAUGUGGUGGCUGUCGACUGUCUUCAGAGCAAGGACAAGAAAGUGUCUGCUUGUAAGGCUACCAAGGAGAAGCUUGAGGAGAGGUUUAAAACUGGGAAAAACAGGAUUUGCACAUUAUAUUAGUGUCUGUGGUUGUUACAAAGCUGAGUUUAGAGCAAAUCAGGUUAUCUUUUUUAUGUCUGUAAGACCAAAAGUAGCACAACUACUGUGGCAUGUUUUCCUGUUAGUAGGACAAUCAUAUGGCUCAAUUCAGGUAAACCACUGUACUAAUUCCUGAUUGCUACAAUAAUAGUAUUUGGAUGUGGGUCAAGGCUGCUAUCACACUAUUAAAUCAUUCUGUAUCAUUUGCCCUUGCAUCUGCAUGAUGUUUGAGUGAUGGUCAAUGUUGUUUCUACAAGGCUUCUCCUACGAGGUCAAAAAAAAUUGGGAAAGAAUAAAUCAUACCCUUGUAGCCGGAGUACGGGUGACCCGGAUAUGAUAACUAUGUGCGAAAAUUUU